AUAGUUUUCUCUUUGAAAAUAUUUGCUUAUAAUUAAUUUAUUUUAAGUAUGGGUAGAGCAGUUUCUUGGUCGUCAUCCCUUUUGGCCGGCCGGAGGAAACUGAAAUCCUGAAGCAGAAGCACAUGCGACGUGUCUUGUAUUCCAUCCAAUCCAAAUAUAUAGAUUAUGAUCACGCUCUUCGUUCCUCACUUCCGCUGCCUUUCUUUUCAUUUCUGCCCAAGAAUUAUCCGCCGCGAAACAACAACUGAAAGGCCGAUCUUCGCUUCUUCAAUCUCUAUCACCGCCAAAACAUUCAGCCUGGACGAUGAGCAGAAACACGAAGCAGGAUCCGACAUCGCUUCACUCCCGAAUCGGAAUUACGACUUCACUCCCCUAAUCGAAUUUCUCCAGUCGCAUCCUCUCACGGAGUCCAACUCAGUUGAGUUGCCACCCGCUCGUCUCGACCCACUUGAGUUAAAGCUGGCCGAGUCGUACCGAGCUGUCCCUGGACCACUCUGGCACAACCUUCUCAAGUCGCUCACCUCCAUGCCGGAUUCCGUUUCCACUGCCUAUGCGCUCGUGACUUGGCUACAGAAGCACAACCUUUGUUUCUCCUACGAGCUUCUUUACUCCAUUUUGAUUCACGCGCUGGGGAGAUCCCAGAAGCUCUACGAAGCCUUCUUGCUUUCUCAGCGCCAAGCACUGACCCCCAUGACCUACAACGCUCUCAUAGGCGCCUGUGCUCGCAACAAUGAAAUCCAAAAAGCACUGGAUCUGCUUGCAAGAAUGCGCGGGGACGGUUAUCACUCGGACUUCGUGAAUUACAGUUUGAUUAUUCAGUCACUUACUAGGAGCAACACCAUUGAUUGCACUCUGCUAGAGAGGCUUUAUGAGGAAAUGGAGGCUGAUAAGAUCGAGCUUGAUGUUCAGUUGAUGAAUGACAUAACAGUAGGGUUUUCCAAGGCCGGAAAUGUUGACCGUGCUUUGGAUUUCCUGGCAUUGAUUCAAGAAAAUGGCUUGAGCCCCAAAACAGCUACUAUUCUUGCUGUAAUAUCAGAGUUGGGGAAUGCGGGCAGGGCAGAUGAGGCAGAAGCUAUCCUUGAGGAGUUGAAGGAAGGCGGAUUAAGGUCAAGAUUGAGGGCAUAUAAUGCCCUAUUGAAAGGUUAUGUCAAAUCUGGUUCCUUAAACGAUGCAAUAGAUGUUGUGUCUAAAAUGUAUAAAAUCGGGGUUUCACCGGAUGAGUAUACUUACAGUCUACUCAUUGAUGCAUAUUCAAAUGCGGGCAGAUGGGAGAAUGUAUGGGUCGUGUUAAAAGAAAUGGAAACAAACGAUGUAAAACCUAACUCGCUUGUCUUUGGUAGGAUAUUGGCAGGUUAUCGUGACGGGGGAGAGUGGCAGAUAUCUUUUGAGGCUCUCAAGGAAAUGAAAAAGGUCGGGGCUGAACCCGACACCCAUUUCUAUAAUGUUAUGAUCAACAUGUUUGGCAAGUAUAAUCGUCUUGCCCAUGCAAUGGAAGCUUUUGAAAGUAUGAAAACAGAGGGAAUUGAGGCAGAUACAGUGACAUGGAACACACUCAUAGAUUGCCAUUGCAGACAUGGCCACCAUAACAAAGCAGAGGAGCUCUUUGAAGAAAUGCAGCGAAGGGGCUGUUUGCCUUGCACUAAAACAUACAAUAUAAUGAUCAAUUCAUUUGGACAGCAGGGGAGGUGGGGGAAAGUGAAGGAUAUACUGGGGAAAAUGCAGAGCAGUGGUGUACUGGCUAAUGUAGUUACAUACACCACACUGGUUGAUAUUUAUGGACGGUCAGGGAGAUUUAAUGAUGCAAUUGAGUGCUUGAAAUUGAUGAAAUCUGCUGGGUUGAAGCCAUCGUCAACCAUGUAUAAUGCAUUAAUUAAUGCUUAUGCACAAAUGGGAUUUUCAGAGCAUGCAGUAAAUGCCUUCAGAAAUAUGAAAGCUGAUGGUCUGAGGCCCAGUUUGUUGUCUCUCAAUUCUUUAAUUAAUGCGUUUGGUGAGGAUAGAAGAGAUGCAGAAGCUUUUGCUGUUUUGAGGUACAUGAAAGAAAAGGACAUAAAGCCCGAUGUUAUUACUUAUACCACUCUGAUGAAAGUUUUGAUCCGCGUGGAGAAAUUUGGAAAGGUUCCAGAUGUGUAUGAGGAAAUGCUCUUGUCUGGGUGCACACCAGAUAGAAAAGCUAGAGCCAUGCUGCGAUCGGCUCUAAGAUACAUGAAAUCUACAUUACAACCAUAGUUGGUUCCCGCUGCCAUAAAGUUUAUGCUAUUAAUGCAUUCUUUCCAUGUGAGGUCAGUUGUGUAGUCCUAAGUGGCUCUAAGAUCAAUGCAUUCUUUCCAUGUGAGGUCACUCUGUACCAAAAUAUUUGUCCCGCUUUUCAUUUUGGGCCGUUCCAAAAUACUUAUCUUACUUCCGUUUUACACCUACGCGCACAUCUUAAACUAUGUGAAACGCCUAGUGGGACAAGUACUUGGGGUGGAGGGAGUAUUCAAUAAUCCAGAUUUUCGAUAGAAGGGCAUACCCACUAUCCCAAUGCCGAAGCUUCCGCUCAGGCAUGAGGGACAUAGUCUUUAGGCUUUGUUUGGCUGUUCAAAAUAUUAGCUUGUUAUUAGCUUCUCUUUGAGGAAGCUAUUCAAAACACAACUUAUACCCACAUGUAGUGUAUAGUUAAAAAGUUAGCUGAUCUCAAUACUAUGGUUUGACAAAAGGAGCUGGCAAGCUAGGACUUUUAUAAGUUUAAAAUGACCUUUUCAAAAGAAAAUGGUAAACAUAUAAAUUAUAAAUGAAAAGCUCAUGGAUACGUGUGAGAAACUAGUUAUCCUUGAGAUGAUUAGGUAUGCUUUUGAACCAAAUCAAGCUUAUUUGACAUGAGUUCAUGCGAUUUUCAUUUUGAAUUUCAUUUUAAAGCAUCCCCCCAACUUUUAUUCCAAACAUAUUCUUUUGUGUUGUUUGGCAUUUGAUGCUAGCUCAUCAGCUAUUCUGUGAGACACCAUUAUGGAGAUCUUGGCAUUCGUAUUGCAGAAAAGUCAAACUUUUAUCAAAAUGCCCUAUGAUUGGUAGUGCUCCCUUUGUCCGAAAAAGUUGGCAAGGUAAACUGCAUAAAGUUAUGACAUAAAAAUUUGUGCCUUCACCUUUUGGUAUGUAUAUAUGUAUUCACUUGUUGGUUUGACUAAUCAUAUUUGUUUGUUUGUAAGUUUUAAUGACACGUUGAAAAAUGAAAUGAAAUGUCUUUUUGGGGACAAAACAGCUUUUGGAAGAUGAUAUUAUAUGGGCAGCUCGUACAGAUAAUAUGCAUUUAAUAUUUUGAUCAAAUUUCCAUUUCCAGACACAGCUGUUCAUCAUUAUACCCCCCCCCCCCCCCCCCUUUAUAUGAUAUUAUAUGGGCCCUUUUCCUUAAUAUGAGUUCAACUUCUGAAGAGUUAAUAUUACAUACUUUGUGAAGAAAUGAAGUCCUAAAUAGCAUGGAUCAAUUAGCAUGCAGUUGAACUCAAAGCUAUUCAGAUGAAUCGAGUUAGUGUCAUAGCAAGUGUUCGUUCAUCUUGUCUUCCUUGUAUUGCAUUUGUAUACUCCGUAUAAAGGUUUUUCUUACAAGUUUUAUACAGAUUCAAUAUUUUGUAGUACAAUUGUUGCGGUAUG